UAGGAGUGGAUGAGAAUGUGUAUAUUGGCGUUUCCUCCAAAUACUCUUUCAUUCUCCUCCCAACAGGCAGCCGCAUAGAAUCUGUGGGGUGUGCGGUGCGGAAUAGGUCCAGAGUGUGAGAAAGGAGUAGCUGGUUGCGUUUAGGUCACCGAGUCCCGAAACUGGAUCGGGGAGCAGAAGCUGAGACCUUUACUUUGAGCCUCUAAGGGAUUCAGUAUAUACCUAACUGAGACACUGUCAUUGGAGCUGACAUGCCGGAACCCGAGGGGAUUCGACGGACUCCACAAGGUGUCUCCUACGCCGACCUGCCGCACAUCGUCAAUGCCGACGGAUUACACUUGUUCUGCCGUUAUUGGGAGCCCGACGGCCCGCCAAGGGCAUUGGUGUUUGUGGCUCAUGGUGCAGGAGAGCAUUGUGGGGCAUAUGAGGACGUUGCACGUACGCUGACAGAACACUCCAUGCUGGUGUUUGCCCAUGAUCAUGUUGGGCAUGGCCAGAGUGAAGGGGAGAGGAUGAAUGUUAAAAACUUCCAAGUCUACGUCAGAGACUCUCUGCAGCACAUUGACAUCAUGAGGGGGCGGUAUUCCAGUCUGCCCGUCUUCAUUGUGGGCCACUCCAUGGGUGGAGCUAUCUCUAUUCUGACUGCCUGUGAGAGACCUCAGGACUUUGCAGGCGUGGUGCUGAUAGCCCCCAUGGUACAAAUGAACCCAGAGUCUGCCACACCCUUCAAGGUGUUUAUCGCCAAGGUCCUGAAUUACAUGGCUCCCAGAUUCACUCUCGGUUCCAUCGAGUCGAAAUGGGUCUCUAGGGAUCCCAAACAGGUCGAGGCGUAUGAUUCGGACGAGCUGAAUUAUCACGGUGGGUUACGCGUGUCCUUCGGCAUGCAGCUGAUGAACGCCACUUCUCGUAUUGAGAGAGAGAUUCCAGACAUCACCUGGCCCUUUCUCCUUCUCCAUGGAGACGAUGACAAGCUCUGUGACAUCAGGGGUUCCCACCUAAUGUACAACCAGGCCAAGAGCACCGACAAGAAACUGAAGGUGUAUGAAGGAGGAUACCAUGCUCUCCACCAUGACUUGCCAGAGACAGCUGAAUCUGUACUAAAGGAAGUGUGUAGCUGGAUCCUGGAGCGUCUCCCAGCCCCAUCAGAGAGCUAACCAUCCAUCAGCCUCUGAUCUUUGCCCCUAUGGCCAAGUCCCGCCUCUUCAUCGCUCUCAUUGCUCAGCUGAAUCGUCCAUCUCACAUUGUUACUGAAAACUGAGCCUCCCUUUGAAAAUAGGUUCAUCAGCUUGUCCAGGGGUCACUGUGAGAUCAACCUUUGACCCCCUAUGUUGAUGUAAGGUCAUUUUUAGCUCUGAUGUAUGUGGCUUUAGGGGCCGUGCAUCAGAUGUGUUACUUUUAACCCGUGCUUUAAAGAGAGAAGACCAGCAGGGCACAGCUCCCAUGUUACUGUGGCAAUAGCCAUGACGAAUAUAAUGAGUGCAGUUCCCCCGGCGUGAGGCUUGCCUUUGUACGUUGCCGCAGUAACAGCUGCCCUUUGUUCUGAAUGCUCUCUCAGAUCCUCUGGCCUCAUUAAAGCUGCAUUGUCACUCUCUGGUUCUCUGGCUCUCUCUGCUGCCCCCUCUGAUCAACUGCGGUAUUGCAGAAUUCACGAGGCAGCUGCCAGUUACCAAGGCAACACCUUGGAAAAUUUGCCAGCGACUCUGCAAAAAAAAAAGAAAAAAAAAAAAGACGAAUUCAUUAUGAAAGAGAGCGUUGUGAUAACACAGCGGGCGCACAGUGUGCAGAAAGCCACAUGGCUGUAGGACGUGCAGUUCAGCAUUCAUAAAAAUGAACAAACCGCAGUGAUCCACUAGCUAACACAGCACGUUCUAGGGGGGAAACCCUAGAGGCCCCUGUAAUAAGUCACACAGAUUUAACACACACUUCAGCAUGUAUCACUGUGAGCAGCAGAGCCCAUGAGAGGGUAACAAGGUUGAAUUCAAUUCGUCGGUUGUUCUCAGAUGUGAAAUGAAGUCAAAUUCAAUUGGCUGAGACUGCAUGAUGAACUUGUUUGUGCUUUGACUCAUGACUGUUCCGUAGACUACGAACAGCUCCAUUCCCCGGUGGGGGAAAAAUGGAGCAUUGACUGUUCUAUUCUGUUAAGUCAGGGAGCAGAACAUAAAUGUGAAACAAAACUUAACACUUCUCCCUGUGUAAUUGUAAUAACUUAAAUUAGCAUUUUUUUAUCACUAAUGCCUCUCUUUUCUGACUAUUCAGUUUGUGAUUUUGAAAUCUACAACCUAAUUGCAAUAGUUCAUGACCUCGUUAUUGUCCUCAGGGUGUGUCAGAGAGAUCAGGCAGCUUUAUUUGUUGA